CUACAUCAUCGGCGACCCAUAAACACCGAGUAACCGACGACCCCUGCACCUCCACUGUGACUUCACCUACACAUCUUUAGAAUCCCAACCCCUCAAAACUAAACCAGGAAUUAGGUGUUUCUGAUCCUCGGAAAUGGCGGAUGAAGUGAAGUUGUUUGCUGCUGGAGGAAGUCCAUUCGUUUGCAGAGUCCAAAUCGCUUUGAAUAUGAAGGAAAUACAAUACGAAAAAUUGGAAGAAGAUCUUCACAACAAGAGUGCCGACCUUUUGAAGUACAAUCCUAUUCAUAAGAAAGUACCGGUGCUGGUUCAUAACGGAAACGCGAUCUCGGAGUCUCUGGUGAUCGUUGAGUACAUUGACGAUGCCUGGAAAGGGGUUCCGAUUUUGCCUCAGGAUCCUUAUCAGAAGGCUGUUGCUCGAUUUUGGGCGAAAUUCAUUGAUGAUAAGUGCAUUCUUGCACUAUUCAAGGUUUUUGGCAACAAUGGAGAUGAGCAAGUUGUGUCAGAAGCUUGUGAGCAACUUCAAAUACUAGAAAAUGAACUGAAAGUCAAAGCAUAUUGGCUUGGAAUGCUGGAAGAAGCAACCGAAAUAAAGUUUGUCACGAAAGACAAAUUUCCAAAAAUAACCGAAUGGGCAGACAAUUUCAUCAACUGUCAAUUUGUGAAGGAGGUCUUACCUCCAAGAGUAUACCCUCCAAAAGAAUACCUGCUUGCAUUUUUUAAGGAACAGUUUGAUGAAGGACCAAUAGCAUUACAGCAACAUUUGCGCUGGCCGCUCCAUGCCCGCCCCACACCCGGACCCGACCCGUUCCUCCUUAACCCACCCUUAUACCCCCUUAACCCGGCGGACUACCCUAUCCCCCUUGUGCCUCCCGUCAACGAACACCCCCCCUUGUGCCUCCCGUCUUCAAACGCCGGUCGACGACGCAGUGCUCCUGCCACCUCCGAACGUCGCUGCCGCCGUUUCCACAGUCCACCACCGGCUAGCGCUUCCCUCCAGCAGCGUCACGCUCCAGCUGGCACCCCGAUUUCGCACCCAUUCCUCGCCGGAAAAGCGCGCCCGCGCCUGCCGCCUUCCAGCUCGCUUCUUCCGCCGGUGCUCCACCACCACCUUAUUCCCCACUCGAUUCCGACCACACCCCUACCAAUCUUCACCGGUAAAAACCCCCUGCCACCGCUAUUCUCGUGCUCACCGGAAACCAAACAAAUCCCGAUUCCGACGCCAAAUCUCCGACAAAUUCACAAUUUCUUGGGGCAUUAUUCACCAAACACUCUCCCUCACGCCGAUCUACUGUUAAUUCAGGAAAAUCUCCUCGCCGGAAACCCUAGCUCCGCCGCCGGCUGCCGUCUGUCGCCGCCGCCGGCCGCCGCCACUAGUUUUGACCAAAAAAUUCAAAAUUUAUGUUUCUCACCGGAGUUUCAAAAGAUUCAAUCUUGCGGGUCAAAUUCAAGCUUGGGGUGCGGUUUUAGCAAACUUCUUUUCGGGUUUCAACACACGAAUUUGGUACAUUUCUUUUAA